AUGGUGAUACCAAUCGUCACAGAGAACGCCCUGAUCAAGGGAAGCCGUGUCGCUUAUGGCGUUUACGGCACUGGAAAGCCAGUCGUUCUUAUCCACGGCACACCGUCCUCAUCCCUCAUUUGGCGCAACAUUGUCCCAAAGCUUGUUGAUGGUGGCUACAAGGUCCACGUCUUUGACCUUCUUGGCUUCGGCCUUUCAGAACGCCCAUGGGACUCAGUCGUUGACACUUCAAUGACAGGUCAAGUCGCAAUCCUAGAGGGCCUCUUGGAGCUUUGGGGUUUGGAGAAGACUCAUAUCAUUGCCCAUGAUAUUGGGGGCGGUAUCGCACAGCGCUUCUCUAUAUUCUCGCCUGAGAGGGUUUUGUCCCUAACUCUGAUCGACGUCGUAAGCUUCGAUAGCUACCCCUCGAAGCGAACCAAACAGCAAAUGCAGAAUGGCCUUGAAGCCCUGAUUAAGACAGGCAGCGACCAACAUCGAGCUCACUUCAGAGAAUGGCUGUUAUCCGCCGUCAAGAACCCAGAUAAGCUUGAGAAGUCAAGUCUCAAUACAUAUCUGGACUAUAUCUCAGGACCCAUUGGACAAUCUAGUCUGUUUGAGCAUCAAGUUCGACACUAUGAUCCGAAGCACACGUUAGAAGUGGCCCCCCGCCUCGGCGAACUGGAGAAACUACCUGUGCAGUUGAUCUGGGGUGCCGAUGAUGUGUGGCAGGUGGUUGAUUGGGCCCACAAGCUUCACAAUGCUAUUCCUGGAUCAGAACUGAUAAUUGUGGAGGAUGCUGGCCAUUUCUCUCCUGAGGAUCAACCAGAGAAAAUAUCAGAGCUCCUUAUCCGCUUUCUAGGGAAACAUUGA